CACGUGAGGGGCAGGUCACGGGGCGCUCUGGUCACGUGAGGCUGGUCACGUGCCAGGGCCGCACUGCUGGGGGCUAGGCUUCCGGAGACUUUGGGGGCUCAGCGGGUGCGGUCCUGCGGCUUCGGAGCCCACCAAACUGCACAGCCGGGAUGAUGAACCGGACCACCCCCGACCAGGAGCGAGCGCCGGCGUCCGAGCCCGUGUGGGAGCGUCCCUGGUCGGUGGAGGAGAUCCGCAGGAGCAGCCAGAGCUGGUCGCUGGCGGCCGACGCGGGCCUACUACAGUUUCUACAGGAAUUUUCACAACAGACCAUCUCUAGGACUCAUGAAAUCAAGAAACAAGUGGAUGGACUAAUUCGGGAGACUAAAGCCACAGAUUGCCGCCUGCAUAAUGUCUUCAAUGAGUUCCUUAUGCUGUCUAAUACCCAGUUCAUUGAAAACCGUGUAUAUGAUGAGGAGGUGGAGGAGCCGGUGCUCAAGACUGAGGCGGAAAAACCAGAACAGGAAAAGACCCGGGAACAGAAAGAAGUAGAUCUGAUUCCUAAAGUCCAGGAGGCCGUGAACUACGGUUUACAGGUGUUGGACAGUGCAUUUGAGCAACUAGAUAUAAAGGCAGGAAACUCAGACUCUGAAGAAGAUGAUGCUAAUGAGCGCAUGGAAUUGAUCCUUGAGCCAAAGGAUCUGUACAUUGACCGCCCUUUACCUUAUUUAAUUGGGUCAAAGCUGUUCAUGGAGCAGGAAGAUGUCGGUCUUGGAGAGCUUUCUAGUGAAGAAGGUUCAGUAGGCAGUGAUCGUGGGAGUAUCGCAGACAGUGAAGAAGAGAACGAGGAAGAGGAGUCAGAUGAAGAUUUUGCCAAUCAUAGUGACAAUGAUCAAAACCGGCACAUUGCACCGAUGAGUGAUGAAGAAGAGGAUGAUGAUGGUUGCGACAUUUUUGCUGACUCUGAGAAGGAGGAGGAAGAUGCUGAAGACAUGGAAGAAAAUUCUAGGCCUAAAAGAAGCAGGCCUACUACAUUUGCUGAUGAACUGGCAGCUCGGAUCAAAGGGGACGCCUCGAGCCGGAUGGAAGAGGAGCACACAGCCUUAUCCCCAGGGGAUGCAAAACCUCAGAAGACGUUGAAAGAGAAGAAGGAAAGGAAAACUCCCUCAGAUGAUGAAGAAGAUAACUUAUUCGCACCCCCGAAGCUGACAGAUGAAGACUUCUCGCCGUUUGGUUCUAGAGGCGGCCUGUUCAGUGGAGGGAAGGGACUUUUUGAUGAUGAGGAUGAGGAGCAGAGUGACCUCUUCACAGAAGCCCCUCAGGAUCGGGGAGCUCGAACCCCUGUUAAUGAAGCAUCUUCAUCUUCUAAACCUGGAAAGAAAAUCCCGGCAGGAGCUGUUUCUGUAUUUUUAGUCAGGAAGCCCACCCACAGUGGCUCGCAGCUGGUCUGUCCUGUCCCUCCACCCACAGGGGAUACUGAUGUGUUUGGUGCCACCUCUGCCCCGGCACCGAGGGAGCCCCAGAAGCACGAGCGGCCCCCUCCAGGAAAAAGCACGUACGUCCCAGCAUCGGCUGGCCUCUUCGAUGAUGACGACGAUGACGAUGACUUUUUCUCGGCAUCCCGUAGCAAACCUCCCACGACAGACAAAGUCAAAUCCACUGCCAGUAUCUUUGACGAUGAAGAAGAUCUGUUCAAAGAAAAAACAGUGGCUUUGCCAGAAGCUACUGUGAAUCAGACAGAUGAAAAUAAAGCAAGAGCAGAAACAAAGGUUAUGCUACCUUCCAGCAAAAAUCUCAAGCUCUCGUCGGAAACAAAGACUCAUAAAGGUUUAUUUUCAGAUGAGGAGGACUCUGAGGAUUUGUUUUCUUCUCAAAGUGUGAGUAAGUCAAAAGAUGCGAGUCUCCUGCCUAGCAAACCCCCCAGCUCAGUCUUGCUUUUCGAUGAUGAAGAUGGACAGGAUAAUCUUUUUGAUACUCCAGCUGCUAAGAAGCAGACGUCGUCUCUACUGACUCAGAGCCAAAAGAAAACAAAGCCCUCUGAGCCUCCCAAAAAGAAAGCAUCUGCCUUACUGUUCAGCAGUGAUGAGGAGGACCAGUGGCAUAUUACUGACUCACAGACCAGCUCCACAGCUGACAAGUCUAAAGGAGGACGUAGGGGCCCUGAGCCCACCCCCCAGGAGGUUAAGGCCAUGAAAAAGACCAGCCUCUUUGAGGAGGAUGACGAGGAUGACCUGUUUGCUAUUGCCAAGGACAGCCAAAAGAAGGCCCAGAGAGUAUCACUUCUGUUUGAAGAUGAUGCUGACAGCGGAAGCUCUCUGUUCGGCUCUCCUCCCACAUCUGUUCCUCCUGCAACAACGAAAAAAGAGACUGUCCCUGAAGUACUGCCUUUGCUGUUCAGCGAUGAGGAAGAAAAGGCAGCUCAGUCUGGAGUGAGACCUGCAGCUAAGAACGCUGAGAGCACCAAGCGGACCUCAGAACUUGGGAGAACUCCUGUGGUCGAGGAGUCAGGAAAGGAAGGAUCUUUGAAUGUACCUACUCAGGAAACAGCCAAGAACGCUGAUUUAUUUUCUUCAUCAUCCCCAUUGGACAAAGGAACUAAAAGUAGAACCAAAACGGUUCUUAGCUUAUUUGAUGAGGAAGAGGAUAAAACGGAAGAUCAAAGCAGCUUCCAAGCUCUGAAAAAAGAAGUAGGAAAGAGUCCUGAUCCUGGUACCCGUCCCAAGAGCACAGGCGUCUUUCAGGAUGAAGAGCUCCUUUUUAGUCACAAGCUCCAAAAGGACAACGACCCAGAUGUUGACCUUUUCUCUGGCACCAAAAAAUCCAGGUUGUUGGAGCCCAGUGUCGGGAGCCUGUUUGGAGAUGAUGACGACGAUGAUCCUUUCAGCUCUGCCAAAUCGCAGCCUUUGAUCCCAGAAAAGAAGAAGGUAGUGAAAAAAGACAACUCUGUUUCCUCUGUCAAGAGCCAGAAACAUCCUGAGUCCACUCAGGGUAUCAAAGAAAAAGACAUAUGGAAAUCGGAAACACCUCAGGACUCACCAGGUCCCGCUCCACUUAAAACCAAAGAGCCAUCCCCUCGGAUCUGGAAAAUACAAGCAAAUUUAGCGAUCAACCCAGCAGCCUUGCUGCCUCCAGCAGCUCCCCAGAUCUCUGGAAUGAAGUCUGUUUUGCCAGAAUCUGGUGUUCCUUCGUCUGAACCUGGGAGGAUGCAGAGUCUGGAACGUGGGCCCACUCCUUCUGGGAGUGGGGAGGCUGCUGUGAGUUUUGACCUUCCAGCUCAGGCAGAUCCCUUACACUGUGCGAACAAGACCCGGGUCAAAGUGAGAGGGAAGCGCAGACCGCAGACGCGCGCAGCUCGACACCUGGCUGCCCAGGAGUCCACUGCGGCUGAGGAUGUGGGUUCCCCCAGGGGAUUUGUGGCACAGUUGACAGAUGGUGCCACAUCACCAGAUGGUCGUCAGCCACCGCUGAGGGCAGCUGGUGCAGCAGACACCUCUGAAGAAGCAGUGGCAGCUGCCACUCCAACAUGGGCAGGUGGUCCUGUGCCUGGAAUGAACAGAGGCCCAUUUGUGAAAUCUGUGGGUCAACCUCUUGAGGAUGAUCUGUUUGAUUCUGGAGAUAUCUUUUCCAAGGGCAUUGCAUCUCAGUCUGCAGGAAGAAAAGCCAAGGUGAAGGCAGCCAGCAGCCUAGCCAACCUGGCAGAGGGAAGUAAAGACAGAAGCCCCAUGUUCCCUGCUGUCGGUGAGGCAGGCAGUGAUGAUGAUCUCUUUGAGUCCAUUAAACCAAAACCAGCAAAGAAAACAAAUCCUUUCCCUUUCCUAGAAGAUGAGGACGAUCUGUUUACAGACCACAGAGGCAAGAAGAAUGGGUCAAAAUCCAACAGUCAACAGGAUAUUAUCUCAAAAGCACAAGAUAUAUUUGAGGAUGAUAUAUUUGCUACAGAAGCAAUUAAACCCUCACAAAAAACAAGAGAGAAGGAAAGAACAUUUGACUCCAACUUGUUCGAUGAUAACAUUGAUAUCUUUGCUGACCUAACUGUAAAACCAAAAGAAAAGUCCAAAAAGAAAGUGGAAGCUAAGUCUAUAUUUGACGAUGAUACAGAUGAUAUCUUCUCCUCUGGUAUCCAGACUAAGACAACCAAAUCAAAAAGUCGAUCUUCACAGAAAGUGACUGAAUCAAGAUCUGGACAGAAGGUUUCCAACAUAUUUGAUGAUCCCUUGAAUGCCUUUGGAGGCCAGUAGAGUGUACAGGGUAUCUUUCAACUACAUCCUUGAGUUAAUGAUGCUGUCUUCUGUGCUCCUUAACUGAAUUAUAGAAAACAAAUACUGAAACAACUUGCUCACCUCUUACGCAGCAUACUUAAUAUUUUUCUGUACUGGUUUUAAAAUCAUGCUUAAUUCUGCAAACAAAAAUAAAUGUUUCACAGUGUUA